AUGGUCUUGGUUGAAAAUCCAGAUCCAAAAGAUCGACAGGCCCGUGGUCCUCACCUUCCUCUCGGCAUCACCUUUCGCAUAUGCUCCACACCACCGGUAAAUAUUGCACAUUAUGCCGUGCUCGCCGGCUUGCCAAAGUCCAACGCCUUCCAGGAGAAACAGUUUUGGUCUAGUACUCAGAUCGACAAGAUCGCGCAACUCUGGUGA